AUGUGCACCACGACGAUGCAAGAAGAGGAUGCCGAAGGCGCGGAAAGCUUUUCGGGACGACCACGGGCUGACAAGGAGGCGUCCAUUUCAGUCAUCGGCAGCUUCUGGCUUGCGGGCAAGCCGCGCUACACACCACCGGAGAAGGGGGGCUCCAGUGGGCCCCCAUCGGCAACAACGGUAGCAGAGGCGGCAACGAGCGGCGGCACCCCGAUGAAGGCAGCCGACGUCUUCCCCGAUCUCCACCACAAGAUGAGCAAGAAAAUCGCUCAGCUGACGAAGGUUAUAUACCACCUCAACACCAAGAAUGAAGAUCGCCAGUUCGAGCUGGAGGAAGUCAACACCAACCACCAGCAAGAAAUGCAGGACAUUCUCUCGGACGCGGCCAACAAGAUAAAACGAUUUAAGGAGCAGCUCGCCUCUAAGCAGGGGCAACUCGAUAUGGAAGCGCAGGUAGAAAAGCUACGCCAGGCUCAUGCGAAGGAGAAAAAGGAGGCGCUGGCGGAGUUCCGAACCUUCAAGCGCAACGCAAAGGCUAGGGAGGAGAGCAUACAGCUUGACUGCAAGGAACGAACGGAGGAACUUACGACACUCGUCGAGAAGGAGAAGAAGGGCUUCGAGGAGUCCCUCCGCAGGUUCCAGGAGAAGGGAACGGCGCUGAGAGCCGCCCUGGAGACGGCUCAGAAGUCGGCGGCCGGGAACGUGUCAACUUUGAAGGCAAAACACAAGGUGGAGCUGGAAGAGGCCGUCAGAAAGGGCAACGAGAAGUUCAACACGAUGAUCACGGACCAGCUCAUGGCGCAGGAAGAAAUCCGGAGGGCCGCUGAGAUGGAAGCCAAGGGAGCGAAGCAGGAGUUUGGGCAGCAAGUGGGGCGGUUGCGCGCCGAGCUAGCAGGGGACAAGGAGGCAGCGCUGUCCGCGCUGAGGAGAGAGGGCGAUGAGGAGCUCAAGGCGACAAGAAAAUCUCUCACGGAAAAAAUGGAGAGGGCGCUCGCCGAUGCUACCCAGUCUCGCGCGGUCUGUGCAGAAGAGAAGAAGCGAAACGCCUCCCUGAAGGCCGACCGAGAGAGACUCAACGGAGAAAUCACCAAGCUCCGAGACAACGCCACGGCAAUGGUGGAAACCUCCCGCCUCGAGGAGGCGUCCUUGAGGCGACUGCUCGAGACCGCGGCGGCGGAGGGGCGGCGGCUGACCAAGGCUCUGGAGCAAAUGGAAGCAGCCCGAGAUGAGGCGUUAGCCGUUGGGAGGGGGGCUGGGGGAGAGGCGGAGGGUCUCCGGGAUAGGUUGACAAGGGAGAGGAAAGAGAAGGAGGCGUUCGAGAGAAGUGCGACGGCGGAGAUCGCGUCGAAGGACGGCGAGAUUGCCGCUCGACUAGGAGAGAUCGCCGCCCUCCGUCAGAAGCUAGAUGGAGCUCUUGGCUACGGCAAGGAGGCAACACAGAAGCUCGAGCGAGAACUGACGAAGGCCCAAGAGGAUGUGCGGAGGGCGUCCCUCAGGGUGGCCGAGACGGAGAAAAGUCUUCGGGCUUCAAUGGACGACGCAGAGCGCACAAGAGGGGAGGGCAAGAGGAGCGUAGACGAGCUUCAGAGACAGCUUGAGUUUACAAAGCAACACGCAGCGGCUGCAGAGGCCAGUCUACGCUCGGCCAUGGAAAAGGAGUUGGACGAUGCCCGACAGAAGUUGUUAGAAGCAAAGCGACAGGCUGAAAAGGAUCUCGAGGAGGCUCAGCAGACGUCUGCGGGUGGGGCGAGGGAGCUGAUGGAGAAGUCGAAGCGAAAAGAAGAGGAGCUGAUGCGGCAGCUAGGGGAAGAGGCUCGCCGCUUCGAGACCGCGUUGAAAGAGGACCGGGCUUCUCGCGUUGCCGAGGCGGGUGAGAACUCGGCCAAGUUGGAAGCUCUCCGGCAAGAAGCGGCUGCGGAGAAAAAACGCCUCCAGCAAGCGGCCGAACAGGGGGGCCAGGAAGCCGAUCGGGAAAUAUCGCGACUUCGAGCGCAAGUGGAAGACUUCCAGCGAGAGCUGGACGAACGGAAGAGGGCGCAUGAUAAAGAAAAGGGGGACGCGGAGCGGAACGGUGACGAGGCGGGUCGCCUGGCGAGAGAGGUUGACUCGCUUCGGGGGGAGUUGAAGGAGGCCAGGAAGGCGGCCGCGGAUAGGGUAGGGGAGGAGAGGGCGGCAGCUCAAGCCGCGGCCCGGGCGCUCGAGGACAGGGCAAUCCGAGAGACUCAAGAAAGGCUACGACGUGCCGCCGCUGAGGCCGACGACGCUCUAGCCGCCGAGGUCGGACGAGUGUCGGAACAGCUCAAGUCUGAGCACGAUGCUGCCCUAACGGAGGCCGUGAAGGCCGAGAGGGACGCCGCGGAAGCUCGCCACGCCGAGGUGCUGCGGCAGGCGAAGGUGUCCAGGGAGCAAGGCGAAGCGCAACAGGAGGACGAGCGACGAGCGCUGUUGGCCGCUCACAAGACGCGACUAGCAGAAGCCGAGGCGAACGGCAGAGCAAUGGCCUCGGCGAUACGAGAAAAGGCCGAGGAAAAGGCCGAGGAGGAAAAAAAGGCUUUCGAAGAACGCCUCCAGAGUGAACACCAGGCCCAGGCGUCACGCAGCGCUACCCAGCUGUCGGAGGCUCUAUCGGCGUCAAUGCGAGAGAAGGAGGCCGCCGUUACCGCGGCGGUCGCCGCCAAAGCCUUGCAGCUGCAGGCCGCCAAGGCCGUCGCGGACAAGGCCAACGCGGCAUUGGCAGCGCGUCUUGAGGGAGAACGCGACGCCGAGCACGCCGCGGUGGAGAGGUUAAAAGGGGAACUACGCCAGGAGACUGAGGAGCUUGAGCGUGCAAGGGAGAAUUGCGCAGCCGCUAAGGAAGAAACGGAAGCCAUCCGAGUAGCUAAGGAAGCCGAGAUCAGGAACCAACGCUUAGCAACCGCAGCGAGAGAGGCAACACUUGUGUCGAAGCACGCCACGGAGUUAAGCCAUGCUGUGGGCCGGCAACGGGACGAGCUCAGGGAAGCCCAAAGUCGGUUUGGAGAGAAGGAGCGGGACUUGAGCAAUCGGAUAGAUGCCCUUCAACAGGAGCAGAGACGGCUAGAAAAUCGGUAUGAGAACCGGCCAAGCCGUGAGGAGGACGUGAAGCGCAUCCGUCAGCUGGAGGUGGACGCCAUCGAGAGCCGCAACGUUGCGGCCAGGGCUCGCGAGGAGAUGGCGUUCUUCAAGCGAGAACUCCUGAACCGAGAGGAGAACUACAACAAGAAAUUCAAUGCUAACCCUGUCGUCGGCGUCAUGCAGGUUGUAAAACCGAAGGAUAUCCGAGGAGGGUCGGAAGGCUCAAACAAGAGGACGGGCUCGGAGGCGCGCUUCAAUCCAGCGCAGCAACAAAAGCCUCGCCCGCCCCGCUACGACAAAAAGACGGCAAGGUCCGCUAGCAUGCCUAGCGACUAUCCCAGCGCUGGGGAAGGGGGUAUGGCGAAGGGGGUCGGGGGCGUUGGUGGCCGUAAACACCCUGCUACUAGCGAUGGCGGGAGUCUUGACUCAUUGACAUCUUCUCGUAGUAAUGGGGGUAGUUCGAAGGAGGCGUCGCGGGCGAGGGGAGGACGCGCAUGGCGAGAAAGGACAGGCCCUGAGGGGGGAGGAUCCAUCUCGACCGGGGGGAGUAGGAGCUGA